UCAGUGCUACGACAUACUCGAAGUGGUCUACACGUCUCGUAGCACAAAGCGAAACCUGUUCGGUGGACUGUAUUUCGUAACAGUGAAAGACGGAAAAUUGUGAACGUCGUGUAUAAGCUUGUUAUUGAGUGAAUUUGUUUGUGAAUUUUUGUAUCAGUUUCGUGAUUAUUAUGAAACUGUGACUCGAUUUUCAACUGUGCCCAAUGCCGUGACACACAAUGAAGGAACUAAAGCUGCCAACUCGCAACGUUCUAACGGGGGCUGUCGUGAACUGGGAAGAUGAAGGCCUCGGGGACAACGUGGAGAACCUCACGCUGGCCUGGAAGGACCUCUCCGUUUAUAGGAAGAAGAAGCACCAGACGAGUAUAUGGAGGUCCCCGACGUAUGAAGAAGUUAAGGUCUUACAUGGAGUUAGCGGCAUUGUGUCGUCCGGCAACUUGGUCGCGUUGAUGGGUUCUAGUGGAGCCGGCAAGACAACGCUAUUGGCUGCGAUCAGUCGCCGCGACAAAAGCGCAAUGACAGGGUACCUGAUGUUGAACGGCAGACUGGCGGGCGCUGAUCUCAUCGCGAGGAUCUCAGGGUUCGUGCCGCAAGAGGACCUAUCUAUAGAGUACUUGACCGUCACGGAGCACAUGGAGUUUAUGGCUCGUAUGAUGAUGGACAAGAGAGCAACCAAGUCACAGCGAACAAAGCGUAUCCAGCAACUGUUGGGAGAGCUCGGUGUGAUGAACUGCACGAAGACACAGCUCAAGGCGCUUUCGGGAGGAGAGAGGAAGAGAGUAGCCCUGGCGGUACAGCUACUAAACGACCCACCAAUCUUGUUCUGCGAUGAGCCAACCACCGGUCUAGACAGCUGGGCAGCUAGUGCAGUAGUGUCCAGACUUCAGAAACUCGCCACCAAUGGGAAACUGGUGAUCUGCUCUGUCCACCAACCUGCGUCGGGCGUCUUCGAGAUGUUCCACCAGGUGGUACUGCUAGCCAAUGGGAGGACGGCAUUCCAUGGGACCAUUGAACAGGCUGACCAGUUCUUUGGAUCCCUCAGCUACAAAUGUCCAGUGGGCUUCAACGCCGCAGAGUACUUCGUCUCGCUCCUCGGCCUCCAGCUGGACAAGGAGUUGGAGAGCCGAGAGAGGAUCCGACGCAUCUGUGAUGAGUACCAGCGGUCGGACAUUGCAGCCGACAUCGACAGUCGGGUGGGGGAUGUUCAAGACGAAAAUGAGUACUUCAAUGGAGAGAUUGAUAAUAAGAAUGAAGCCUUCGAGCGGUAUUUAACUCUAGUCAAAGUAAACUACUUCGUCCAGUUUUACUGGCUGAUGUGGAGAAACAUACAAUCAAUAAAACAUAACAGUUCUAUAUGGAUAGCAGAAUUUGUAUUACUAUUGUUCGUCGGUCUAAUAAUCUCGAUCCCGUACAUGGGUCACUUUGACGAGCUAGACCAGCGCGACAUCCAGAACGUCCAAGGUCUCCUGUACCUCACCAUCACGGAGACUAUCUUCCUCUUCAUUUACGCUGUCUUCAUCACCUUCCCCAGCGAAGUUCCCAUUCUCCUCAGAGAGACCGCCAGUGGAUUAUACUCGCCGUUGCCUUACUAUUUGUCUAAGAUGAUCUUUUGGAUUCCUCGCGCAGUGAUCGAGCCAGUAAUCUACGCGACUCUAAUCUUCAACGUGGCCGGUCUUCAUGGCGGUUUCAUGGGCUGGUUGGGCUUUACCUUCGUCUGUGUGCUCUGUGCCAACUACGCUAAUGCCUAUGGCUCGUUCCUUUCCGCUGUUUUCGACUCAAUGGAGACCGCCGCAUUAGUAUCCGUUCCCUUCGAUUUGAUUGGCACUAUGUUCUCGGGAAUAUACUUAAACAUUGGCAGUGCAUCUAAAUACGUCUCCUGGAUUCGUUAUCUCUCUGGUUUCUAUUACGGCGUCGAAUCUAUAUCUAUUCUUCAAUGGGACUCUAUUGAGACCAUUGACUGUGUUAACAUCCCUGGUAUACCUUGCAUUAGACAAGGACCUGAGGUACUAAAAAGAUAUGGUUACGAAGAAGGAAAUUAUUGGAGGAACUGCACCGCCUUGACCGUCAUGUACUGUAUCGCUCAUGCUAUUGCCUUCAUCAUGGUGGUUAAAAGAAGCAGAGGCACGCCAGUUUACUGAAGCUAAAGCUAAAGAAUGUGGGUUUAAAAUAAACAGUAUAUGAACAAAAUACCAUUCUACCUCUGGGAAUCGAGUAAAAUGUCAAAAUAUAGACAUUUUAAAUGAAUUAAUUGUUAUAAAAAGAUAUCAAAAACGCUGCACAUUACAGUCGAGCUUAACACUUAUCAAUAAUAACAAUUAAAUAAUAACACAGUAAUUUUAUAAAUAAAAUUGCCCUUCAAAAUGUUAACUUAAAUGUGCUCAAUUUAUUUCUAUAUGUUUUCUUCCAGCCCACUUCCGAUCCCGGCACAAAAAUAUAUCCAUCCUCCUAAUCCUCAAUGAUAUUAUUAUACUUAUAAAGGUUCCUCCUAUUAAAAACAACUAAUUUUAUAAGAUUACAUGCAAAUUUCAAAUGCAAGCAUUACCGUUUUAGUUCUCAACAAAAAUAAUUAGGAUAUUAUCUUUAUUAUCUGUGUCAAUUUUUGUAAUUACAGGAUCCUUCCUAUCAGCCACUUUUGACAAACUAGAGACGGCUGCGUUAAUAUCAGUGCCUUUUGAGAUAAUAGGAAUCAUGUUCUCUGGUAUCUACUUGAAUUUAGCAAGCGCCACGAAAUGGGUCUCCUGGUUGAAAUACGU